AUGGGAUUCUUUCUUUCAGUCUCAGUGCUGCUACCCAAGGUGGUGUGCAGCAGUCCCAGUGCUAAAUGCAGCAUCAGUGACCCUCUUCCCAUUCUUCACAAGCAUUAUCAGCCAGGAGACUUCAUCAUCGGUGGCAUCAUGUCUCAGAUUUACAUAUUCUCCAAUGUGAUAGAAUUCACAAAGCGUCCCUCUAAGGAACUCUUUGGAGACAUUGCGUUCAUGACUCAGAUCUAUCAGCACAUCCUGGCCUUGGUAUUUGCUGCUGAGGAGAUCAAUGAAAAUCCCCGGAUCUUACCCAACAUCAGUCUGGGCUUCAAUAUCUAUAAUAGCCAUUUCUUUCAACGAUGGGCAUAUCAUGCCUCAAUGGAACUUCUCUCUACAAGGAACAAAUUCAUUCCAAAUUAUAGAUGUGAUGGUAGGGAUAAUCCAGUAGCAGUGAUCGGAGGAACUCAUUACAAAGUUUCUUUACACAUGGCCAUUGUUUUAUUCACCUAUAAGAUGCCACAGCUCAUCUAUGGCUCUUCACCCAUGAUGAAUACCAAUAUCCAAGAUGUUUUCUUCCACCGGAUGUUACCAAACAACAUUCAUCAAUAUGAGGGGAUUCUUGAGUUACUCUUGCAUUUUAGGUGGAAAUGGAUUGGGUUCGUUUCUGAGACUGAUGAUGAUGGAGACAGAUUGAUACAGGAUAUUGUUCCCAUGUUUGCCAAGAAAGGUGUCUGCAUUGACUUCAUAGAAAGUCUUCCAAGGCUUACAUUUGAUAAGGACAUUCUUGGCACUGUGGAGCUGACAUUUGAAAUGUUAGCGGUUGUCAUUACAAGUACUGCUAGUGCAGUUAUCAUAAAUGGUGAAAUACAGAGCAUGGUAUAUAUGCAAAUGUUGCCCCAGGCUUUAGAAAUUGAAGGCUUGCCAAUGAAGACAAAAGGAAAAGUCUGGAUUAUGACAGCUCAGAUGGAUUUCACAUCACUUCCCUUCCAAAGAAAUUCAGACAUAGACUUCAUUCAUGGUUCCAUAUCAUUUGCAAUUCAUUCAAAGGAGGUAUUUGGAUUUCAAAAAUUUCUCCAGGUGAGGAACCCCACCAUUGAAAGAGAAGACAGCUUCAUCAGGGUCUUCUGGGAAACAGCAUUUGAGUGCUUCUUCCCCAACUCUGAGGUGGAUGUGACGGCUGGGAAUAUCUGUACUGGGGAGGAAAAGCUCGAGUCUCUUCCAGCCUCUGUGUUUGAAAUGAGCAUGACUGGUCACAGCUACAGUGUCUACAAUGCUGUCUAUGCUGUGGCACAUGCUUUGCAUGCUGUACUGUCCUCCAAAUGCAAACAUCUAUCAAUGGCCAAUGGAAAGAGAUGUGAUCUUCAGAAGCAAAUAUCAUGGCAGGUGCAGCCUCUUUCUCAGUGUAAUGACAAUUGCCAGCCAGGUUACAGCAAAACAAUGAUGGUAGGGAAGCCAUUUUGCUGCUAUGGUUGCCUUCGAUGUCCAGAGGGCAAAUUCUCAAAACAUGUGGACAUGGAUGACUGCUCUCAAUGUCCAGAAGAUCGUUAUCCAAACACUGAGCAGGAUUUAUGCCUUCCUAAAACCGUAACCUUCCUGGCCUACGAAGAGCCUUUGGGGACCACUUUGGCCAUGUUGGCUCCUUGCUUUGCUUUCAUCACAGCUUUGGUGUUGGGUAUCUUCAUUAGGUACCAUGGGACUCCCUUAGUUAAAGCCAACAACCGGAACCUCACCUACGCUCUCCUCACAUCCCUUCUGCUCUCCUUCCUUUGUGCUUUGCUAUUCAUAGGCCAGCCUAAUGCAUUGACCUGUUGUCUUCGACAAACUGCUUUUGGUGUCAUCUUCACCUUGGCUGUUUCCUGCAUCUUGGCCAAGACUACCAUUGUGGUUUUAGCUUUUAUGGCCACCAUGCCUGGGUCAAUAAUGAGGAAAUGGGCAGGAAAUAAGCUGUCAACCUCCAUUGUUCUAUUCUGCUCUUUCAUUCAAGCCACUCUUUGUACUGUGUGGUUGACAACCUCUCCUCCAUUCCCAAAUCUUGAUAUGCACUCAAUGAGUAAAGAAAUUGUACUGGAAUGCAAUGAAGGAUCAGUCACCAUGUUCUAUUGUGUCUUGGGUUUCCUGGGCUUCUUGGCCAUAGUUAGCUGUACUUUGGCUUUCUUAGCCAGGAAGUUGCCCGACAGUUUCAAUGAAGCCAAGUUCAUCACUUUCAGCAUGUUGGUCUUCUGUAGUGUUUGGCUUUCCUUUGUUCCAACAUACCUGAGCACAAGAGGGAAAUACAUGGUGGCUGUGGAGAUCUUCUCCAUCUUGGCCUCCAGUGCUGGGUUACUGUUAUGUAUCUUUUUCCCCAAAUGCUAUAUCAUUGUGCUGAGACCGGAAUUAAACAACCGAGAUCAGCUACAAAGAAGAAAGAAGUAA